UUGUAGCUGAUCUGCUUGUAGGAGGCACUGCUUUGUCAAUGGCACAUCCAAAAAACCUGAAACCUCUCUGAAUGGCGUUUCCCAGCCAGCUGCUGUUGUGCAAAGGACAACUCAUUGGCAGGCUCUCGCCCACAGAGAUGCAGCGUCUGUAGAUCGCAUCGGUUCCUCGUCCUAGAGGCUGAAUUCUCCCAUUCUCUCGGAUCGCAGCAGACCAGGGCUUUCGCAAGACCCGCGAGAAAGAGUUUCACGUCAAACCCUCUGGGAUCAACGCUGAGUUCAUCCUGAGCAAGAAUGAAAUGGUGAAGUUUGACUUUGGAUUGGAAGACUUGUUUCGUGUGGAUUGGAGUGAAUAUUGACCCUCCUCCCCCCCCACUUUGAUCUCAAUCGAGCCAUGGCGAAGAGUGCCGAGGUGAAGCUGGCCGUCUUCGGGAAGGCAGGUGUGGGCAAGUCAGCUAUUGUGGUAAGGUUUCUGACCAAGAGAUUCAUCUGGGAAUAUGAUCCCACACUGGAAUCUACAUAUCGGCACCAAGCUACGAUUGACGAUGAGGCAGUUACUAUGGAACUAUUAGACACAGCCGGGCAGGAGGAUGCAAUUCAGAGGGAAAGCCACAUGCGAUGGGGAGACGGCUUUGUCCUGGUGUACGACAUCACCGACCGAGUCAGCUUCGAGGAGCUGGUGUCCCUUAAGAACGCUCUGGAUGAAAUCAAAAAGCCGAAAAACGUGACAUUGAUUCUUAUGGGGAACAAAGCUGACCUGGACCAUUCCAGGCAGGUGACCGUAGAGGAAGGAGAGAAGCUGGCCACGGAGAUGGCCUGCGCUUUUUACGAGUGCUCAGCGUGCACCGGAGAAGGGAACAUCAAUGAAUCUUUCUACGAGCUGUGCAGGGAGGUGCGUCGGAGGAAAAUGAUUCAAGGCAAAACCAGGCGGAGAAGCUCCACCACCCACGUCAAGCAGGCGAUCAAUAAGAUGUUAACCAAGAUCAGUAGCUAAGCAAACAUGUGCAAUAUGUUAAAACCUAGAUUUUAAAAAAGUAGCAUCAGAGUGAAUACUAGUAAACAAAGCAGUAAACAGAGACUGCCUUAGCUUCUGACGACAACUUUCUUCACAGUUGCCAUAGAUAGACCCUGAUCCUAUCUGACAGAUACCACAAUGUCCAUUAGUAUUCCACAUCUGUCCGGACAAUCCAGAUGCCAUUAGGCUGGUAACACCUCUGUGGAAAAGAUGUGAUUCCUAAGCAAAUAAGACUUUUCAUUUAAUUUCUUCGCCCUCCCCAGAACUAUUUUUAGGUAAAUAAAUGACUGGUGGCUCUCCUGAAAGAGGAGUUCAUUUUAAUGGUUUAACAAAAUUGAAAUCAUCAACUGUGAGGGAGAAAUUCCUCUUGAAUCUAAAUUUAGUGAAACGAGCAAUCAGCUGCCGGUUUAAAUACACAAUCACUCCACUUUAUAAUAUAUUCUGUGAAGCACUUUGAGACGUCUCAAUGACAUGAUAAAGCGCUAUAUCAAAUGCAAGGGUUAUUAUUAUUAUUAUUACUCUGUGUAGCAUUCUACAGUGCCCAGAAUGUGGCAAAAUCUUAAAUACAGCCUUAAUUUUGCACCCAGGAUUCUAAAAGUUCUUUUAAGAAAUUCGGAAAAACAGAGUCAAAGUUGAAACUGAAUUCAACAAUUAGCCAAGUUCUUGACGUCUAAAACGCUACAUAAAUACAGUAAAUCUAGACUCGGGUAUGAAUUCUCCCCACAUCUUUUUAAACCAGCGCAUUGCAUGAGAUCAUAUUAGUCAGCAUGGAACAAAAUUAUUUUACAACCCAUCAGAAAUGUUAACUUCACUGGGUAUAAAUGCCUUAAAGUGAUUGGAGACUCUGAACUUGAAUACAAUAAAGUUUCAAAAAUGUCCAGCCCAAACCUGAAUCUACUCAAGCAUCACGUAGAUGAAUUGGACCUUUAGUUUUGCUGUUGAUUUAUCAUGAAACAUAGGAACAGAAAGAGGCCAUCAGCCAUUUAGACCGUUCCCACAUGUUUAGACCAUGGCAAAUCUCUAAAGGACCUUGCUGAUAAAUGUGAUCGAUGCUUUGUUUGAAAACAAAAAUGUUUGCUUUAUUCAUUUAAUCACUACUUUUUAACAUUAAUUUGUCCGUCAUCUAAUGGCUAUUUGCACAACAUGUUGUACAAUCAAUAAUGAGACGUUCAUCUUGGGAAGCAUAAAUGGGUUAGUAGUGACACACUCUAUCAAGAUAUUGAUCUCAACAUGCUUGAUCUGUUAAUGGUUUUACUGGUAGUUGCCAAACAGUUUCAAGCAAAAAGGUUUUUGAACAUUAUUAUGGAUUCCUUUCCGUCUAGAUUUCUAUUUAAUGAUAAAUGAUGAUUGAUUUCAAACAAUAUUGUUUGCUCUUUCCAUUUAAUUCAUCGAAAAGUACCCAAUGCACUAUGAGGAGUAUUCACUUCUUAAAUUUCAGAAACCACAUAAUGGAUUUAAAGAAGUUUUUUUUCAGCUAAGGCUAUUGACCCUAAUAUAGUUUAAUCGUAGACUUCUCCUAUUUUUUCUUUCUUAAAACGUCUUAAAACUAACUGGUGACUAGAGUAAAGUAUUACAAACGGAACAAAUGUACAAACAGUAGCUCCUUGUGUAUUUACCAUUACUUUGCUGUUGUAACUUGCUUCAUCAUGUAAAAUAAAUCCUGAAAUAUU